GGCACGCCGCGGCCGUGAGGAGAGCCUAUGGCGGCCACGUUCUUCGGGGAGGUGGUGUGGUCAAGAUGCCGCGCGGGGACGGAGGACGACGACGACGACGACGACGACGAGGGCGAGAGGGACUCGCCCGAGGACAGGGAGGUCCGGCGGCAGCUGGCGCGCAGGCGGGAGGUGCGGCUCUUACGCAGGCAGACUAAAGCCUCUCUGGAAGCCCCUCUGCUCGAGCAGCAUCCUUGCUCCGCGUUCAUCGUCGCCAUAGGCGCCAACGCAGUUGCCUUUGCGUCGUCCUUCGUCAUGAACUCGGGCGUCUGGGAGGAAGUCGGCCGCGCGGGACUGUGGAACGAGUGGUGCGGAGCCAAGGCCGCUGCAGACCUGGCCCCCGCCGAGGCGUCCUGCAUCUUCUACCGGCUGAGGUCGGGCCCCUCGGUCCUGCUGUGCCAGUGCAGCUGCUAUGUCGCCGAGGACCAGCAGUUCCCGUGGCUGGAGAAGGUCUUCGGCUCUCGUCCGAGGAGGGACGUGCAGGUGACGGUGCUCACGUGCCGACACGUCACCGACUACAAGUCCCCCGAGUCCCCGGGCAGCCUGCCGACCCCUUUCCUGAGAGCCCUGAAGACCCGCGCAGAGACAGAGCCUCCCGGCUGCCCGCCGCUGGAGCAGCCCAACAUCGCACACGACCUCCCGGCCGCAGUCCUGAGCUUCUGCCAGGUGUGGAAGGUCCCCGCCGUGCUGUACUUGUGCUACACCGACGUCAUGAAGCUCGACCUGCUCACGGCGGAAGCUUUCCGGCCCGCGCUGUCUUCCCAGAGCCUCCGCGGCCUGGCUCAGGACGUCCCGCAGAGCAGAGAGUGUCUGAAGAGACUCGCAGCCACGGACGAGGUCCAGAGCAACAUCUACACGUGACCCCGCGUGUCUGUCUCCGCGCCGCACGAGCUCCUGGAUUCCCUGUGUGGAGGCUGUGCCGUUUUCCGACGUUGCCACGUUGUUGUUGCUGUUUUUUUUUUUUUUUUUGCUUCCAGGGUUAUCACUGGGGUUUGGUGCCUGCACUGAAUCCUCUACUCCUAGAGACCGUUUUCCCAUUUUGUUGUAGUUGUUACUGUCAUAGCUGUCGUUGGAUAGGACAGACAGAAAUGGAGAGAGGAGGGAAAGAGAGGGGGAGAGAAAGACAGACACCUGCAGACCUGCUUCACCGCCUGUGAAGCGACUCCCCUGCAGGUGGGGAGCCGGGGCCUCGAACCAGGAUCCUUUUGCCGGUCCUUGCGCUUUGCGCCACGUCCGCUUAACCCGCCGCGCUACAGCCCAACUCCCUUGUUGUUUUCUAAGGUGGGGGGGGCCUGAUGUAUUUUGAAGUUGCUCAAAGCAGAAUAAAUUUAUUUUACAUUU